AUGCCGUUCCCCGAUCCAUCCCAGUCUGGGAUGACCGACGCGCAAUCAGACUCUAUUCAUAAUAACUCAGACUUACUGGAUGGAGCUGCCGACUUCGAUAAUGAUGUCGACAGCUCGCUUCUCACGGAUCACGGAAUCGAAGGACCAGAUACGAUUGAGGAAGGGAAGCAGAAUGCGAAGGCUGUUCUUGCGGCAUCGGGCGUGACAUUACCUAAACCAGAGUCAAGCAAUGAUGCAUCUAACGCAAAUUCUUCACCGGAUUCGCAGAAGGGCAGUGCUAAUGGAGCCGCGUCCGGCAAAAAGCGAUCGCGAGAUGGAGCACUUGUUCAGACCUCUUCCUCCAGCAAUGCUCUGCCCGUACGUUUACGAGAGACCCCUGUAGAAAGGAUCCUACUGGAAGAAUACGUCAACCGGGAAUUUAGUCAUUCUGCUCUGACCGCGUGGCAAAGCCCGAGCCAACAGCUGCAGCAAGAAAAGCGCGCGGAACGCGAUUAUUACCUUACCUUACGACGGGAAAACCAUAUGAACCCGGCCGCUCUUUACGGUGUUGGCUACGAAGGGUUUGGAAAUGCCCGUACCGACUUGCGCAAUCAACACCCCCAAUUGCUAUAUCCCGCCCACCGACGCCGCCCCGGUAAUCGGAAGACACGCGAGCUACGAGUUUCGCGGAAAGAUUUAAAGACCCAGAACGAACAAAUUGAAAAUCUGGUACCAAUUCGGUUGGAUAUUGAUUGGGAGAAGGUGAAAAUCCGGGAUACCUUCACAUGGAACCUUCAUGACCGUGUUGUUUCGCCUGACCUCUUCGCGGAGAAACUCGUCGAGGACCUAGGCCUUCCACUCGAGUCAUGUGGUCCGCUGAUACGAAUGGUGUCUCAGAGCAUCCAGGAGCAGCUUUGUGACUAUUAUCCGCAUCUAAAUAUCGAAGAGGAGGCCCUCGAUCCCCACCUCCCAUACAGCGCGUACAAAAACGACGAAAUGCGCAUUGUGGUCAAAUUAAACAUCACUAUUGGUCAGAAUACUUUGGUUGAUCAAUUUGAAUGGGAUAUCAACGAUCCUCACAAUAACCCCGAAGAGUUCGCCGCGCGAAUGACGAAUGAUCUUUCCCUUUCCGGAGAAUUUACAACAGCAAUUGCCCAUUCAAUCCGUGAGCAAUCGCAGCUAUUCACCAAAUCCCUCUACAUUCUCUCACAUCCUUUCGACGGACGUCCCGUUGACGACCCAGACCUGAAGAUGGCCUUCUUACCUACACCACUUCUCUCAUCCUUCCGACCCUUCCAGGCCGCAAAAGAAUUCACUCCAUAUCUCUACGAACUUAAUGAGGCGGAACUUGAACGGACAGAGGUCUCAUUCCAGAGAGAUCAACGGCGACAGAAACGGUCUGUCAAUCGUCGUGGUGGGCCAGCUUUACCCGACCUCAAAGACCGCCAACGAACGAUUCGUACGCUGCUGGUAUCGUCUGUCAUCCCCAAUACAGCCUCGUCACUAGAAGAGAGUAACGUUUUGAAACGGUCUGGGACAAGCCGCCGACGUGCUACAGUUGGGCUACGGGAUGGGGGUGACGAGUCAGACGAGUCAGAUAGCGAUGAGUCCUCCUUGGUCGGAUCUCCCGCUAUUGGUCCUCAUCUAGCUCAAGGCACGGCACGCACGAGAGGCAUGCGAGGAGCUGCCACCGCAGCACAUGCAGCCCUACGUGCGAAUCUAGGCCAGUCGGCAACUCCUGAACCUCACCAUGAACCUCGAGUCUCGUCUCGCAGGCGUGACUACCGUGAAGAAACUCCCGAAGAGCCGGAGAGGCUGGUUGUGACGCUCAAGAUUUCACGUGAAAAGUUCCGCCAAUUUAUCGCCAAUGGCUCCAAAGUCAACCCUAACGUCCCUAGUUCUGCAGCGGUAACGCAGGCCACGUCCCAACGAAGCACACCGCAGGUCCACACACCAACACUGAACUCAACACCAACUCCCUCCCAAACCCACCAAGCUCGGUUAUCAAGCGCCGGUCGCCCGGGCCCUAUCCAACACCUAGGGGCUAUAGAAGCGUCUAAUCCUCCUCAACCAGGCGUCCCUGGGCCCCCGCCUCCGAGUUGGCUAGUAGCAGGACUCGCCCGACUCAACCAGGCGAACCCGAAUGACUCCUUCGAAGCAGUGAUGCGAUACACUGCUGUGGACACGGAUACAAUGCAACCCGUGGUCAACCCUAACUCUCACCCUAGCCAAAAGUUGAAAUCCCUCUAUCUUCCUCGUAUUCGUUGUCACGACUGCCCUGGGAAACUGUACACGCCUGGGCCUGGCACAACCGUGGACAAUUUCGAGGUCCAUCUCCGAAAUCGACAACACAAGGAACGCGUGGAAGAACGGAUCUCGAAACCUGCUUCUGGGGCCAACCCUCCUGCAUAA